ACACGUACAACAGCCCAACAUUACAGAGAACAGGCUACAAUCACGCGUUGCCCACAGACAUUAUUAUUAUAUAGAAGAAAAAAAAAAACCCACACAUUUCCAAUUUGCAUUUGUCAUCGUUUUUUUCCUAUUUGGACAUUGAUGCAUUUGCCUCAGCGGUCGCCGUAGCGGUCCAAGCGAUCAAUUUCCUUCCCUCCUGCAUCCAAAGACUGAUCUGCGCUGCAAGAUGGCUGAGCUGAAUUUGGGGAAGGGGCUGACAGCUGGGAAAGUGGCCAGCAACGUUCAGAAAAAGCUCACCAGAGCCCAGGAAAAGGUUCUACAGAAGCUUGGCAAAGCAGAUGAGACCAAAGACGCUGCUUUUGAGGAGUGGGUCAUCAAUUUCAACAAACAAUAUACUGAAGGCAGCAAACUCCAGAGGGACCUAAGAGCAUACCUUGAGGCAGUUAGAGCUAUGCACGAGUCCUCCAAGAAUCUACAGGCAUGUCUAGGUGACAUGUAUGAGCCGGACUGGUAUGGCAAGAAUGAAGUGGAUUCUAUUCUGGAGGACUGUGAUGUGCUUUGGACUGAUUACCAUCAGAAGUUGGUUGAUCACGCUCUGAUCUCCAUGGAUACCUACCUGGGUCAGUUCCCUGAUAUUAAGGGUCGCAUUGCAAAGAGAGACAGGAAGCUGGUGGAUUACGACAGUGCCAGACAUAACUAUGCUGCUACACAUAAGACUAAGAAAAAAGAUGGAGGCAUUAAAAUUACAAAGCCUUCUACCUUGUUGGAAAGAGCCACUCCAGGCUGGGCUCAGGGUAUCUUGUCUGCACACAACCUUGCUCAGACCAGUCUCUCCAAGAGUCAGGCGGAAGAAGAGUUUGAGAGAGCCCAGAAGGUGUUUGAGGAGAUUAAUCUUGAUUUGCAAGAAGAGUUACCUUCACUCUGGAACAGUCGUGUUGGUUUUUAUGUCAGCACCUUCCAGAGUUUGGCGGGCUUUGAGGAGAAGUUUCACAAGGAAAUCAGUCGGUUGGAUCAGGAUUUGCAUGAUGUGUUGGAGAAAUUGGAGAAUAGCGACACAACCAGAAGGACUAGUGACCUUGGCACAGCAUCGUCAGGACCAAGCAGGAGUGAUAGAGAGGACUCUAACCACACUCUCAGACCAGGAGGGCCACCUCCAAUCCCCAAAUCCCCAUCCAAGUUAAGACCAGCAGUGCCUCCGCCACCUAAGGUAACCCCAUCUAAGGAACUAAAAACUGAGAACAUCAUCAACCUGUUUGAUGCUGCAGCAACUCCUGAUAUCAAUGUCACCUCUCCUACAGAGUUUGACAGUCCUGCAGUCAACAACCUGUUGGAUAUGGACCUGGAAUCUUUCAGUGAAGCAGCCAAAGUCUCCACAGUCUCUCAGCCGGCUAACUGGGACUCAUGGUCGGAGGGUGCUGACGCACAGGAAGAAGAAACUCAGAAGCACUAUGACCCUGUUGCUGCUGCUACAGAGGCCUGGGGUGAUGAUGGUACACAACCCAUCCGCUAUGAUCCCAUAGCAGCAGCCUCAGAGGGCUGGGGGGAUGACGGGACCCAACCUGUUCGCUAUGACCCUGUGGCUGCAUCGCAGGAGGGAUGGGAAGACGAUGGGAGCCAGGCUGCUCACUACGAUACAGUACAAGAAGCCCAGGAGGGAUUGGGUGUCGAUGUAGAGCAGCCUGUCAAAGAGGAGCCAGCUGCAGCUGAAACACCUGCUGAUGAGGCUCCGUCUGAUGUGGUAGAGGAGGACAACACUCCAGCUGCUCCCGAGCUGGAUGAAAAAGAGGGUCAGGGAGAUUCUUCAGCAUCAGCUGCUGAACCUGAACCAGAAGAAGCAGCAACAGAGGAGCUGCAGACUCCGACCACAGCAGCAGAAUCAACACAAGAUUCAUCAGAGACUACAGACAUGCCUCCUGGCUUCUUGUUCAAGGUCCAGGUGAUGCAUGAUUAUGCUGCCAAUGACACAGAUGAACUGGAGAUGAAGGCUGGUGAUGUGGUGUUAGUAGUCACCUUCGACAAUUCAGAUGAACAGGAUGACGGCUGGCUGAUGGGACUGAAGCAGGACGAUUGGCAGCAGAACAAAGAAAAUGCCACUAAAGGAGUAUUUCCUGAAAACUUCACACAAAGGCUGUGAAAGAAGGGGCACAUUCCUUUGUUGAUACUCUGUUCCUCUUGCCUAUUUAUGUCCUUCUCCUCUUUUCCCCCUCAAUACUGUAUCCUAACAAGGACUUUGGCCAUAUAAACAGAGCUGUGAUAGCCCUGGAUGAAGUCAUGCAUUUCUAAGAUCUGCUACACUGUGGAUCUUUUUAUUUGUUUCAUUUUUGUUUUUUCAUGAUGUAGCCAUUUCAUGGGGCUGUUUGCCAUCACACUAUUCAGUAUUUGAGGAGUCCUGCUCAUUCAGGAUCAGGUGUACUGAUAGUAACCUAUUCAGUGGCUACAACUGAAAUCAAUUUCCGAUGACUCAGUCUUUGUCAUGUCGCAUCAACUGAAAUUUAAGAUUUGUUAUUUUUGUGGCAGAUUGAGAACCUUGUUAAAUAUGUAAGAUGUUGCCAGAUGUACUAGAAAACCUGAAAAAAAAAACAUAUUGUUGUAAAAAGUAAGUACAUCCUCUUUCAACUAUAAGGUUUACUUGAGAAGGACAGUGCAACAUGUCCCGUUUUAGUUUAAUAGGCAUGAACCAGUUAUCAGUGACAAGGUGUAUAGAGGUUUUAAAAAAGUGGAAUUUAACAAACACAAAAAUGUUUAGUUAAAUUUAUUUUGCUAAGAUGCAGGGGAAAGUAUGAAAUGCUGUGCUGACUGUCCCCCAUGUGGUACAACACACUGCCAGACAGCUGGCUGAAAGAAGGCUGUUUAUAGGUAUUUUCAGGUAUGAAAAAUACAAACAGCGUAGCGUACUCUUAACAAAAAACUUUUCCGCAACUAAGCUUGCAAGGUUAGAUCGACAUAAUUUUCCUAUGCAGUAAGAUUACAAAGCCUCUCCUGAAUUUUGAGGCUGUUUCUUGUAUCUAAAAUUUCAUUAUCAAUAUGUAAAUGUACAGUACCAUUAUUAUAACUAUAAUAAAUCAAUGUAUUUUAUUGAUUUAACAGGAAUACAAAUGUGUUUCUGUUCUAGUCUGAACAAAGCCAAUUAGUUCAUGUUAAAUAUUUUUAUUUGAAUUAUUUUUAGGCAAGUAUGGUGAAACCGUGGUAGUUCCAAUUCAUACUUGUUCAAUUCCCUAAGACCUGGAAAUAACCUCAUUAUUUUUUUAUUUUUUGGGGGGGUAAGUUCUGGUAUAUAAAUGUGUUGAAGUGAAAGAGGGUGUACUUUCAUUUUACAUGUGAAUAUAAUAUAUAACAAGACCUAAAUUUUGUUUUACACCAAUAAAAAGGGGCAAAAGUGCUAAUCUCUAGCUGACCAAAUGGGGAAAAAUCUUCACUUAUUAGUCUAGUCACAAAAUAAUAAAAUAAGUACCAUUCCAGAAAAUGUUAUUUUAUUUCAUCAAAACCAAAAUAAAUAAAUAAA